AAGAAUUGCUAUGGCUUCCAUGAAGAUCUCCAGGCGGUGGAUUCACGCCGAUGAUGAUCCAGACAGCAUCAACAGCCGCCUUCCAGACGAUCUCCUCAAGAUCAUCUUCUCGCGCCUCGGCGACAAUCAAGACCACGCCAGCGUCGCGCGGGUGUGCCGGCAGUGGCGCGAUGCCGAGAGCGCCACCAGGGAGAAGAUUACUGUGAAUUUCUCCUACGCCGUGAGCCCGGGCUACGUGAUCGAUCGAUUCGGGCAGCUGCGCGCGCUCAAGAUCAAAGGCAAGCCUAGGGCUAGCGACUUCGGGCUCAUUCCAGUCGACUGGGGAGGCUAUGGCGGCCCCUGGAUCGCCGCGUUGGCGCUGGCGAGGGCGAGAUCCCUGUAUGGCGCUCUCGCCUCGCUCCAUUUCAAGCGCAUGGAGAUUUCCGACGAGGAUCUGGCGCUCCUGGCCGAGACGUUCCGCGACGCGCUACAGGUUCUCAAGCUCGAGAAAUGCUCCGGAUUCUCAUCGCUGGGCCUGGAAUCCAUCGCUCGAUCGUGCAGGGAUUUGAGGGUGCUCUCGCUGGACGAGAGCGAUAUCGAGGACAAAGGAUCACAGUGGCUGCGUGAGCUUAUCCAUUCGUGCGCUAGCCUCGAGGCCUUAAACCUGUCCAUGACAGGCUUGGAACUUGGAGAUAUCCGGCUGGUCGAGGAGAUCGUGAGCAGCUCCAAGCUCAAGAGCUUGAAACUCAACGAUCUGGAGGACCCUUCUCGCAAUCGCAGGCUGGAUUUGCGACAAAGCUCCCUCCAGGAGCUCGGUUUCUGCGGCCUCAUUCAAGUCUCUUUACCAUCGUCACUGAGCUCUUUCUCUGGUGAUCUCCAGCUGGCAAUGGAGCCGAAUCUCGCGAGCGCGCUCACCAGUCUGGAUCUCUUGUACACCACUGCCAAUCACGAGCAACACCUGGAGAUCAUCAAGGGCUGUCGCAAUCUCCAAGUCUUUAAGGCAAGAGAUAUAAUCGGCGACGUCGGGCUGGAGCUCCUCGCAAGCCACUGCAAAGGCCUGCAACGCAUCCGGAUCGAGAACAUGAGGCAGCAAGAACAGCACGGCUUCUCGAUCUCCAACUCCGGCAUGUUGGCGCUGGCCAAGAGCUGCGUCCAUCUCCAGAGCUUCUCCAUGUACGUCCACGACGCCGCCAACUCGUCCCUGGAGGCCUUCGCGGAGUCGUGCCCGGGCCUGCUCGACUUCCGGCUGGGGAUCCUCGAGACCGCGCCGGACAUGGCCGAGCCACUGGACGCCGGCGUCCAGUCCCUGCUCCAGCGCUGCCCGAGCAUCACCAAGUUGGCACUCUACCUCAAGGAAGGCGGGCUCACGGACAGGGGCCUGGAGAGCAUCGGGCGACUCGGGCAGCAGCUCAAGUGGAUCCUUCUCGGCUGCCUGAGCGACUCGGACACCUCGGACCGCGGGCUCGUCAGUCUGGCAAGAGGGUGCUCGAAUCUCCGCAAGCUGGAGGUGAGGAACUGCCCGUUUAGCGACGCCGCGAUCGUGUGUGGCAUCCGGGGCUUACCGCUGCUGCGCUACCUGUGGUUCCAGUGCUACCAUCGCGUUAGCGAUCGCCACUUUGCGCUGUUGGGGCCGGAGUGGAGGACCGAGCUCAUGCCCGAGUUCUACUCGGUGCUUUGCUACCGGACGCUGGUAUCGGGUAGCCGAAGUGACCACCCGCCGAGUGUCCGGCCAAUGCUCGGUGGUGGUGGUGGUGGUGGCUAGCAACGGACACGUGGCGGUGGGGGAGUGGGCCGUUCCUCACGUGCUGCUGACGUGUGUAAUCGAUUACACGUCAUGUCAGGGGAGCGUGCGAGCCAUACGUGUGUGUGCCCCGCCCAUGUCAUAAAGCACGGGGUGUGCCACGGGGGCGGGGAUUAAUGUCCACGUGGCGGCUGUCGUGUAGUUGGGUGUGUGUCUCCGAGCACUCCGAAAGGCGCCUGAGAAGAAAUGGGAAAGAAUCUUUCGUGUA